CAUGCGGUGCAUACAUUGUGGUGUGCACCAGACUAAUGGGUUCUAAGAGUAGUAGGUGGUCGGUUACUUGGGUGGUUCUUUUUAUUUGUUUGCUGUUAUGUUUUUCUGCCAAAGCAAUAGCAACAAGGAACCUUGCUGGUUAUGCAGAUGAAAAGGGUCCGAGUAGGAGACUCCUUGGCCGUUCUCCAUGCAAGAGGGGAAGAAUGACUUCUGAAGUGGUUCAAGGAGACAGGAAGCAGCAAAGGGAGGACAGUCCACGUUGCAACAAUUAUCUGUGAUUUGCAGGCUGGGGUUGUUUGUAUGUGUUGCAAUUGCAAGGAUCAACUACACGAAUUUUUUUUAAUAAAAUGGACACAUGAGAUGUCACUGUUUGUUGGUUUAGUUUCAUGAAAUUUGUGUUCACAGAAUUUCUCUCAAGAAUAACUUUGAGAUAUAUGAUCAAUUUAAGGAUGGGUGUGGGUAAUAUCUGAUUUUUAGAAACGGGUAUAGGAAUGGGUAUGUACAUACCGGACACAUAUUUGAUAUGUAUAAGAACUAAAUUUUCUUUAUUUUAUGUAACAUAUAUUAUUUAUUAAUCUUUUGUCAUUCUUUGUC